GAGCACCGCCUAAACCACAACCGCCCCAGCUUUUUCGUUUGGCUUGUAGAUAGCAUAGCGGAAGACAGAGCGAGAGGCCGAGAAGGAAUAGCACUAGCGAUAAGCCACUGACAUGGCUACCACGGCGUACUCCGUGGCCCUUCACGGCGGAGCACGCCUCCCCACCGCCGGCGCCGGCGCUCCUCGCUCCCCCUCCGCCCUUCUCCCGCGGCGCGCCUUUCACCCGCUCCGCCUCCAAGAUGCGCCGAGGACGUCUCUGCUCCGUGUGAAGGCCGCCUCCGAGGACACCUCGGCGAGCGGCGACGAGCUCAUCGAGGACCUGAAAGCCAAGUGGGAAGCGGUUGAGGACAAGCCCACCUUCCUCCUGUACGGCGGCGGCGCCGUGGUUGCGCUCUGGCUCACCACCGUGGUGGUUGGCGCCAUCAACUCCGUGCCGUUGCUCCCCAAGCUCCUGGAGCUCGUUGGGCUCGGGUACACCGGAUGGUUUGUGUACCGCUAUCUCCUCUUCAAGGAAAGCAGGAAAGAGUUGGCCAGCGACAUUGAGACCUUGAAGAAAAAGAUCGCUGGAACAGAGUAAACUUGAGUUCUCCGGAAGGUUUUGGAUGCUUCUUUGGUCUAUCCAUCUAAUGGAAGAACACCUACUUGCUUAGAGUACUACCAAUUGCCUUUGUGUGCUACAUAUAUAUCUGUAUGCAAAAAGAAUCUUUGGUAUGGUGUCCAAUGUCAAUAGUGAAAUUGUACCAAGUGUUUGAAAGCCUUCUCUUUCUUUUUAUAUAAAUGUGUUUGUGCGAGCA